CCGCUAUACCAUAUAUAUUGUUUUCAUAUUUGACUAUCCCUGUCUCUCUGGUUUCUUCGACUCUUUUUAUGCCUCUGUCCUUUUUGCUGCAUCAAAUUUGAGAUGUAUUCAUCUGUAAAUGCAAACCAUAUUUUUGUCUUACCUUGCAACAAUUUUCCUAUCUUGUGCUGCAACAUUUUCCAUUUAUUUUCUUGUUUUAUGUUCACACUGAAAUAGGCAGUUGCGGUCUUAUCGUAUCUGGACUAGCUUGUCUUGGAGUUCAUUUUUUCUUGCUUCACAACAGUUGUACAUUUAUGUUUCAUUCAGAAUUGUCUUGCAUGAAUUGCUUUUCUUAAUUAGGAAUCAUUCAUGUCAACCAAUUUAUCAAACAGGCACCUUAGUUUUGACUAUUCCCUCAUAUUUCUGGGUGAUAACUAUUGAAUAAUUGGCAUCAACAGUUAUCACAUCUGGACUAGGUUUUCUUGGAGUUCAUUUCUUUCUUGCUUCACAGCAGUCCUACAUUUAUGUUUCAUUCAGAAUUGCGUUGCAUGAAUUACUUGUCUUAAUGAGGAAUCAUUCAUGUCAACCAAUUGAUCAAACAGGCACCUUAGUUUUGACUAUUCCCUCAUAUUUCUGGGUGAUAACUGUUGAAUAAUUGGCAUCAACAUUUUCUGUUGAUUGGUGUGUGAUAUUCUUUAUUACAUUGUCCCUUGGCAUAAGUUGGAAAUUUUGCUUGCCUUGUUAUGGUUGCUUGGUCCUUUACAAACAAAAGCUUUAGCUCAAACUUCAUCUUCCUUGCAUUAUUUUUACUGGGAAUAAUUUCUUUUUUUUACUGACAUGGUCAAACAAAAUAAUCAAAACUCACUCAAGAGUUGAUAUAUAAUGACCCACCUUUGUGUGUGGCCUAAAGCCAUAGCUUUAGGUUUGAAUAGUUCUUCUUAAAAGGUGUUGGAAUCUGAUUCAUUAAAGAAAUGUGACAUUGUUACUUCCACACACACAUGAAAUGCUCGAGGCAUUUGAUGCAUACAUGUUGUGUAUCUACAUGCAUGAAUGUUUUUAUUAUGUUAAGCAUUCUUAUCUUAUUCUUGGUCUAACUAUUUCAUGGUGUUGUUUCUUUCACCUCCCUACAUAGUUGAUUUGACAUGUUCACUUGCAUUUGUCUUGUACUUAUGCUACAACUAUAUAAGAUGACCCCAUGACUAUGACAUCAAUGACAUUAGAGAGAACUAUAUAAGAUGACCCCAUGACUAUGACAUUAGAGAGAGAGAGAGAGAGAGAGAGGAUGCACGGGGAUAAAAGAUGUAGUGUGUGGAUGACAGCAUGAGUGGGUUCACAUGCAACACAAGGGGAGAGGAAGCUGCUGCGAACAUGCCCAGUACACACUGCUAGUUCAUGAUGACUGUAUUAUGAUCAUGUAAUGGUGAUUAUAUACCAAGUUAUCAUUUAAUUAAAUAAAGCCUUUAUUGUUAAUGAAAUAUAAGGCCAUCUUUUGAAUAUGUAUAUAUAUAUAUAUAUAAUUAUAAUCGUAUAAUACUUGGACACUAGAAGCCAUUUGUAUGUACAUUUUAAGGGUACAGCACGUACACAGAACAAGCACCUGUUUUGUGUUUAUAUCGCCCAUGUCAAGGGCGUGAGCAGUCGCCUCCGGCUUGGUUCACUUCAUCCACCUCUUCUUCCUCUCCUGCCACAAUGAUGGCCACAGCACACUGUUCAGGCUGCUCCAGCGCCGGCGAAGAAGCACUACAUGCCGAGGAGGCGUCCAGCGCCCACGUCGCGAGCAACUCUGGCUGCGGCAAGCCACCCUGGUCGUCGUCGGAAUCCAAAGCCAAGCUGUUCCAGGAAUGGAACCGCGCGUUCCUCCUCGUGUGCGCCGGCGGUCUCUUCGUCGACCCCCUCUUCUUCUACGCCCUCUCGAUCAGCCGCACGUGCAUGUGCGUCUUCAUCGACGGGUGGUUCGCCGUCACGGUCACCGUGCUGCGCUGCACCAACGACGCGGUCCACCUACUGAACUUGUGGUUGCAGGUGCGGACGGCGGCCUACGACGCAGGGCGCAGAGCAAGCGCGGACGAGGAGGGGUGCAAGGCCAUCGCCAAGGUUCGCCGGCUCAGCUUCUUGAAGUCGGUUCUCUUCGACCUCUUCGUCAUCCUCCCGGUGCCUCAGGUUGUCAUGUGGAUCGUGGCUCCUGCCAUGAUACGCAGAGGGAUGACGACCACCGUAAUGACCGUCUUCUUGAUCAUGUUCCUUCUUCAGUACCUCCCCAAGAUCUACAACGCCUUCUGCUUCCUCCGCCGGCUGCAGAACCUCCUAGGCUACAUCUUCGGUAACAUUUGGGGCGGCAUUGUUCUCAACCUGAUCGCCUAUUUCGUGGCAUCCCAUGCUGCAGGCGCUUGCUGGUACUUGCUGGGAAUUCAGAGGGCCACAAAGUGCCUCAACCAACAGUGCAUGGCAACGGAGGGGUGUGCACUAAGAACAGUGGCAUGCACGGAUCCAAUGUACUACGGAGUCACAGAGAGGCAGAGACUGGCGUGGGCUGAGAACAAGAAGGUAAGAUCCAUGUGCCUUGACAGCAGCGAUAACUUCGAGUACGGAGCUUACAAGUGGACUGUGGCCCUCGUGACGAACCCUAGCCGAGUCGAGAAGAUCUUGCUGCCAAUCUUCUGGGGCCUUAUGACCCUAAGCACAUUUGGGACGAUCGAGAGCACCACCGAAUGGCUCGAAAUCGUCUUCAACAUCAUCAUCGUGACGAGCGGACUGCUGCUUGUGACAGCAUUGAUCGGGAAUAUCAAGGUCUUCUUGCACGCAACGACGUCCAAGAAGCAAGCGUUGCACCUGAGGAUGAGAAGCCUGGAGUGGUGGAUGAGGCGGCGCCACCUGCCGCGCGGGUUCCGGCAGAGGGUGCGGCAGUACGAGCGGCAGCGGUGGGCGGCCAUGAGAGGCGUGGACGAGUGCGAGGUGACGCGCAACCUCCCCGAGGGGCUGCGCAGGGACAUCAAGUACCACCUCUGCCUCGAUCUCGUUCGACAGGUGCCGCUGUUCCAACACAUGGACGAGCUGGUGCUGGAGAACAUCUGCGACAGGGUCAAGUCGCUCAUCUUCCCCAAGGGAGAGACGAUCACGAGAGAAGGAGAUCCGGUGCAGAGGAUGCUGUUCGUGGUCCGAGGACACCUCCGGAGCAGCCAAGCCCUGCGCAACGGCGUGAAGAGCCACUGCAUGCUGGGGCCGGGCAACUUCAGCGGCGACGAGCUGCUGUCGUGGUGUCUCCGGCGGCCGUUCGUGGAGCGGCUCCCUCCGUCGUCAUCCACUCUGGUGACGGCGGAGACCACGGAGGCGUUCGGGCUGGGCGCCAGCGACCUCCGGUACGUGACGCAGCACUUCCGGUACACCUUCGUCAGCGAGAAGGUGCGGAGGAGCGCCCGUUACUACUCCCCCGGGUGGAGGACGUGGGCGGCGGUGGCGAUACAGCUGGCUUGGAGGCGGUACAGGCACCGCCUCACCCUCACCUCCCUCUCCUUCAUACGACCUCGGCGCCCUCUUUCUCGCUGCUCGUCCCUCGAAGAAGACAAGCUCAGGAUCUACACCGCGCUCUUGACGUCGCCGAAGCCCAACCAAGACGUCGUUGCCGCCUAAUCAUCGAUCAAUAUGUUCUGCUUUUAUCUUCGGCGAAAAGAAACAGUUAAUAAUAUACCACUAUAUUACAGCUUUCUCUCCA